GGGAGGGAUUCCUGGUCCCUCUGAUGACAACGUGAGGAAGCCGGAGCCGCGGUAAGGGGGAGGGCCCCGCCGAGCCCACCGGGUCCCGCUGCAGGGCAGCGCCGGCCAGGCGGCGGGCGAAGGGAACCAGCCGGCGAGGUGGGCGACCGAGGCGGCCGGGGAAGCCCCUGGGGGGGGGGGGGGCGGUCUGAGGCGCCUCGCGGAGCGGAGAUGAAACCGGGCUGCUUCCCUGCCUCCUCGCCCCGUGUGCCGGGGGAUCGGCGCCGCAAAGCCCCGAUCGCGGGGCGGGCGCUGCCCCGGCCCCCGCCCCGGGCCCGCGGGAGCCACCGCCCCCGGGGGGGGGGACACGGGCGGGGGGGGACACAGGGACAGCGCGCACCGACGGGCCCCGCUCCUCCCGCCGCAGCGGGGGCUGCAGCCUGCAGAUGGCCACUAACCCAUGUGCCAGGCAGCCCUGGCCCGCGCUCGGCGAGCCGGCCGGAGUCGGCCCCUGCCACUGAGGCAGGGAGGAGGGAGGAAUCGCCAUGGCCUCGCGCCGGCGGGCCCGGCACGCCGGCCCUCCCGACGGAGGCUGGGGUUGGAUGAUCGUUGCUGGCUGCUUCCUUGUCACUAUCUGUACCAGGGCCGUGACGAGGUGCAUCUCUAUUUUUUUUGUGGAGUUCCAGGCAUACUUUGGGCAGGAUUAUGCCAGAACGGCUUGGAUCCACUCCAUCGUCGACUGUGCUACGAUGCUCUGUGCCCCGCUUGGGAGUUUAAUCAGUAAUCAUGUAUCCUGCCAAGUUGGUAUCAUUCUAGGAGGGCUGCUUGCAUCUACUGGACUAAUUCUGAGUUCAUUCGCCACCAGCCUGGAACAUCUCUACUUAUCAUUAGGAGUCCUUACAGGACUUGGGUUUGCACUCUGUUAUUCUCCAGCCAUUGCGAUGGUGGGCAAAUAUUUCAACAAAAGAAAAGCGUUGGCAUAUGGAAUAGCCAUGUCAGGAAGUGGAAUCGGUACCUUCAUCCUGGCCCCUGUGGUCCAGCUCUUAAUCGAGCAGUUUUCCUGGCGUGGAGCUUUACUCAUCCUGGGAGGUUUUGUUUUAAACCUCUGUGUCUGUGGUGCCUUGAUGCGGCCUAUUGCUCUUAAGGAGGACCAUAAAACUGCUCCUGAGUUUCUUGAACAAGAUUAUGUCCCCAAAGCACAGAAACGAGACUUAAAGCGAAUGUCCAUCUGUUCACCUUUAAUCAAAGUGUGGUCUCAUGAAUGUUUAUGCUACUGUUCAUGGAAGGAAUAUGACUUUUUACUGAUGCCAGACUUCAUGGUGCUGGCACUGUCGAUUUUGUUUAUGGCAUAUGGCUGUAGCCCUCUUUUUGUCUACCUAGUGCCUUAUGCUUUGAGCGUUGGAGUGAGUCAUCACCAGGCCGCCUUCCUCAUGUCCAUACUUGGUGUCAUAGACAUCAUCGGUAAUAUCACCUUUGGAUGGCUAACAGACAGAAGGUGUCUGAAGAAGCAUCGGCACUUUUGCUACCUCUUUGCUGUGGGAAUGGAUGGCCUCUGUUGUCUUUUCCUGCCAGUUCUCCAAAACUUCCCCUUGCUUGUGCCUUUCUCAUUUACCUUUGGCUACUUCGAUGGAGCCUAUGUAACGCUGAUCCCUGUUGUGACAGCAGAUGUAGUGGGAACUUCUUCCUUAUCAUCUGCACUGGGUGUCGUGUAUUUUCUGCAUGCCAUACCAUAUCUAGUGAGCCCACCUGUUGCAGGCUGGCUUGUGGACACAACUGGCAGCUAUACUGCAUCAUUCCUCCUGUGUGGAUUUUCUAUGAUAUUUAGUUCAAUGUUAUUGUGCUUUGCAAGACUAGCAAAGAAAAUCAAAAGAGCGCAUUUGCGGUCGCUCACCAAUGAUACUGGCACCAAACAGCACAUCUGGACAAAUGGAGCAAUAGCUUAUUCUGUCACAGCAGAAUUAGACCAAAAGAAUGUUGAAUUUUUGGCCGCAGAUACAAACAGCUACAGCAACAGAUGACAAGUGCCGUCAGGAUCAGCACUGCACAGCUGUGACUGAGACGGAGGUGGCUCUGUAGUGUUAAUGCUGUUGAAGAUACUACUCCUGUGAAACAAGGCAUCUCUCAAUUAGAUUUUUCUGUCAUGUUUUAGAUGGCUAAAAUCUACAUACAACAACAGUAAUACCAAGUUAAUGCAGUAAUAGAAGAAAGCUAGACUGAAAAUAAAGAGAGUUCAUAGAUACAAAUGUUCACAAAUUUAUUUGAAAUGCAAUAUGUUGACUCCACAGGUAAUCUCAAAGAUUAUAAUUGGCUAUAAUAAAAGAAAUCUAUAAAGUAAUCAGUCACCAAAACUGUGAACAAUGAAGUUUAAAUUAUUUCAAAAAUAGUAUUCAUGAAAUAAGCUUUUUGGUGUUCUGGUCUAUUACGUUUCAAUGGACUAAUCACACACACCACCAAAAAACCUCCACAUUUAUCAGUCUGCAUUAAACUCUGCAAAUAACUGUUUCAAAUGCCAAAGCCAUUUCUUUAGAAAAUCUGGCUUGAAACUCUGAUUUAUGAUGAAAGUAUCUCUGAAGCAGCUUUAAUUUUUACAGUGUGCCUGAAUUUUGUACGUAGGUUGCAGUUUAACUUCAAAUAUGGUUUUAGACCUAUUUUGCCAAGCCCUCCACAGCAAAAUUUUGAGGUGGUUGCUGUUUUUUUCCCUGGAUAUCUUUAAAGCUUGAAUUUCUAAAUAUUAACAUUCCAGAUAUGAUCCUCCAGCUGAUCCUUGUUGGGAGGGUGGAAGAGGUGCUGUGGCUGCUCUACUAUCUGAAGAGGAGGAAGUUUGUGCCUGGGGACUAGGCAUGCUGAUAGACAAACCUGCUUUAGCUGCAUUAGUUGGAAGAAGCCUAAAGGCAGUGAGGGAGACCAGAGGAGAGGUCUCUUUUUUCAAACACAGAGCCUCUUCCUCCUGUAAAAUCAGCAGCUGUUGAAGAAAUUUAGAGUCCGUGCAAGCAGAUGACUGACAGACUGCCCUCUCCACAGGCUAUUAGUAAAGACAAAGUUGUUUCUGCAUUUUCCAGUGGCAAGUCUGUCUCUUCUUGGACCCAGGAGCUGUAUCUUCAGGCGGUGCAAAUUACUCGUUUGUGCAAACUGAAGGGCUGAUCAGGUCACUUAUCCUGGAUGGCCGGAACACAACAGCUGGAAUUUGCUGAUGGUUUCCUGCUACUUGUGUGAGGAAUAUACUACAGCUGGCUGCUUCACGGGAGCUAUAGACUCUAUGUAGUUCAUGGGGUAAAUUACUGAUGUGAUGAUUUAAUAAAUAAUGUGAUGUUUCUACAUUUCCAGAGUGAAACUGUUGUCAGCAGUGGAAGAACUUCACAUUCUGCAAUGCAAAUCACUUCUGUGUUUUGAUGCUGCAUAGAGCUGCAUUCUGUUCAUUAGCAAAUUGACCAGAGUCCAAAUAAUUUUUACCAAUGCUGAACUAGUAGUUUUGUUAAUCACCCGCAGUGUAUUCAGUGGUUGCUUAUGGUGUCCUGUUCCAGUCUGUGCCUCAGAAGGGAAAGCAAAAUAGACUGAUGCUCACAAAUUUGAUUUAGAUCAAGAGUACAGCCAUAGUGGUAUAAUGUAUUUUUUUAUAUAUAUGAAUAGUAUGUGUAUCACAUAGUUCUGUUAUUCAUGCAUAUUUCAAAUAUAACAUUAAAAUUGUUUUAGUUCCAUUGUCUGUGCUCAAACAAAGCAUUUCAUGCUGUCCUGCUACAGAAGUGUGGUCAGAGCCAGUAGCAUGACUUAAGUGCACAGACCACAGAUUAAGACAUGGGAGUGCAAAAACUGCUUAAAACUAAUGACAUAACCUUUUUUUCACCUCUGCGUGGCAAUUGAGCCCUGGGCCCUAAUUUUGAUUUUAACAUACUUUCAUAAAAAAAGACAAAAAUUAUCCAUGAGUAUUUCUUAAUGAGUUAGGAAAAAUAUGCACGUUUGGGAGGAAAAAAAAAAGGCGGCUUUAUUAAUUAGUAGUGAUGAAGAUAUUGUUUUAGAUCUUAAUGCACAAGUUUAUAUCAAAAAGUAGGGAAUAUGUGGUCUACAAAGAAGAUAAGCUAUUUCAACAAGUUAUAAGUGACCGCUGUCAUUUACUUUAGAAAAAUUUAAUUACUUUUUUUACCACAUCAUGACAUGUCAGCAGUUAUUUGUGCCAGAACUGCAUAUUAUAAAAAUCUGUUGGCUUAAUACUAUGUGCAUUUUUACCCUAGUAAACAAUACUGUGUAAUUACAUUAUUAGCAUUUUUAAUUUUUUUUUUUAUUUCAAGAUAUUUUUUCAUAGGCUUUUCUGUUUUGUUUUUAACUUACAGUUGAGGCAGUAUUUCUUGUUUUAAAUAUCUAAUUCAGCAGAAACAUUCGACUGGAUUUAUACACAGACCUUUUGUAGAAAAUGAUAUCAUUAUUUCAGGGUUUUCUAACACUGUUUCUGCUCUGAAUUAAGCCAAUGGACAAAAUCUUAUAUACAAGAAUAAUGCUUUCUGUGCAUAAAACACACUCUGAAAUAUCAGAUCUGUCAUGAAUCUCCCCAGCUCAGAAACAGAAUGAAGGAAGCGUAACAAGAAAUGACCUGCAAGUGGAAGAAAUGGGAAUACAACCCAGGUUUGCAAAGCCUCACGCCAAACUUCUACUCCCUAGUCCACACAACCCAAACUCAACAGUUCAUCUUCAUCCUGCCUUGUGAAAUGUUUCAGGCACUGCAUUAUGGAAGCCUCUGGAUUAUAGCAUUUUAAAAAAAUGAUUUAUGGUAUCCGCAAUGGCUUUUUUUCAGAUAUUAUAAUAUCCAGGCUGUUCUCCACAGAGGAUGUUUCCUGACCUGGCACGGUGCAGCAGUAGGCAGAUACCUGGGCCAGCUGUGAACAAUUUCACCAGCUGACACUGCAUAUUUCCAACAGCCCUGUUGAACACUGAUGGAUACGAGCUCAGACGGAGCGCUGCACCACUGAGCCUGUCUGGCUUCCUGGGACAGCAUGGUCUGACUUGGCUGGGGUAACAUCUGUCUGAGAAACAGACGGGUCCUACCUCAGAUGAAUCCUGUCAGGGAUAAUACUCUAUUCUGUGCAGUGAACAGGAAUACAGUCUAAGUGAAACUGCUUACAACUGCUGAAGUUAUCCCAUCUGUUUCUAUUCCAUGAGGUUUGAAAUGGGGAAAUCAUCAUUCUAUUGAAAUUGCUUACGUUCUAGUGAUAAUUUUUAUCAGAUCAGCUUUGGAACAUUUAAUAAAUUGUACCUUGAGAAAUUGUGUGAAAACAGCAUUAGAAAAGUGAAGUACCUUCUGUUGAAAAACAACCCUGUUUUCAGAAAAAAAGAUAAAACUUUGAGCCUGAAACAUUUCUGCCAGUUUGGGUGAUGAUUUAUCUCCAGAAAAACAAAGGUUGGCUGUGUUACUAUAUGGUGAAUAUAUUUUAUAUUGCUGCAACAAUUCCUUGUUUGCUUUCUAAAGUGUCACAAAUUUAUCUGAGAAGGAAGAGCUUGUUUAAGUUAAGUUGUAACAGUACUUGAUGGUCAGCACAACAAAGUCCUUAGUCGGGAUUGCCUCAAUAAAUAAUACCUUCUUCUAAGUGACUA